UGAGAGAGAGAGAGAGAGAGCGCGAGAGAUUAUUAGGGAGUAUUGAGGCAGGCGCAGUAGAGGACUGCCAAAUCCACCAGACGGAGACAAGCGGUGCCAGCUGCUAGCCGUGUUAGCCACAGUAGGAGACAGUUAGCAACUUAGCUUCAGUGUCCCGGCGCCUUCACGACGUAUGCAGGACUGAGCGUGCGUGUGUGCGUGACAGCGUGCGUGACGACGUUGCAUCGUCUGCUCGGCCGUCCCGAAGUAUAGCUCCGCGUGCUUAAGCGAGUGUCAUAUAUAAACUCCCCUAUCUCCCCUCUUCCUCCGUUUGUGUCCCCCACAAACACUGAUAGUCGCCUGUUUACAUUCGGUGUCCGGUUACUCCCCAGCGGAUCCACAACACUUCCUGACACCGACUGCGCACCAGCACGAUGUUGGGGUACACUGUAGUCCGAGGCGGCCUCGGCCUGCUGACCGUGAGGAGGGCGUGUCUCGCCCCCCGCUACUCUCACUCCGCCCCCCGGAGCGAGUACCGACCAAUCAAGAAAGUCAUGGUGGCCAAUAGAGGGGAAAUCGCCAUCCGCGUGUUUAGAGCCUGCACUGAACUGGGGAUUCGAACCGUGGCCGUCUACUCCGAGCAAGACACCGGACAAAUGCACAGGCAGAAGGCAGACGAGGCAUACCUAAUUGGAAAGGGUCUACCACCUGUUGCAGCAUACCUGGACAUUCCUAACAUCAUCCAAGUCGCCAAGGACAACAACGUGGACGCCAUCCACCCAGGCUACGGUUUCCUCUCGGAGCGGUCGGACUUUGCCCAGGCCUGCUCGGACGCGGGAGUGAGGUUUAUUGGACCGAGCCCGGAAACGGUCCGCAAGAUGGGCGACAAGGUGGAGGCUCGUUCCCUGGCCAUCAGUGCAGGUGUACCCGUGGUCCCAGGAACAGAUGCGCCCAUCACCUGCCUGCAGGACGCGCAGGUGUUCUCAAAGACCUACGGCUUCCCCAUCAUCUUCAAAGCAGCCUACGGAGGAGGCGGCCGCGGCAUGAGGGUGGUCCGGGAGUACGAGGAACUGGAGGAGAAUUACCAGCGGGCCUACUCCGAAGCCCUGGCGGCUUUUGGGAACGGAGCCCUGUUUGUUGAGAAGUUUAUUGAGAAGCCGAGACACAUUGAAGUACAGAUCCUGGGUGAUAAAUACGGUAAUGUCAUCCACCUCUACGAGAGAGACUGCUCCAUUCAGCGGAGGCACCAAAAGGUGGUGGAGAUUGCUCCUGCCUUUCAACUGGACCCUCACCUGAGAAACAGACUUCAUGCCGACGCCGUCAACCUCGCCAAACAGGUGGGCUACGAGAACGCAGGGACCGUGGAGUUCCUGGUGGACAGACAGAACAAACACUACUUCAUCGAGGUCAACUCCCGACUCCAGGUGGAGCACACGGUCACCGAAGAAAUCACAGAUGUGGACCUGGUGCAUGCACAGCUGCAUGUGUGUGAGGGCCGCAGCCUGCCAGAAUUGGGCCUCAAGCAAGACAAAAUCAGGGUGAACGGCUGCGCCAUCCAGUGCCGCGUGACGACAGAAGACCCGUCCAGAGGCUUCCAACCGGACACGGGGCGGAUUGAGGUCUUCCGAAGCGGUGAAGGCAUGGGCAUCCGUCUGGACAGUGCCUCGGCCUACCAGGGCGCUGUCAUUUCGCCCCACUACGACUCCCUGCUGGUGAAAGUCAUCGCCAGUGGGAAGGACCUGAACACGGCGGCUUCCAAGAUGAGCCGAGCCCUGGCCGAGUUCAGAGUGCGAGGCGUCAAGACCAACAUCCCGUUCCUCCAAAAUGUUUUCAACAACCACCAGUUCCUGCACUCCACCGUGGACACCCAGUUCAUCGACGAGAACCAGGAACUCUUCAACCUGAAACCCACCCAGAACCGAGCCCAGAAGCUGCUGCACUACCUGGGUCAUGUGAUGGUAAAUGGACCAACCACACCAAUCCCAGUGAAGGCCAAGCCCUCCUCCAUAGACCCCGUCAUCCCUCCUGGCACCAUGGGCGACCCUCCGAUAGGUUUCCGGGACGUGUUGCUGCGUGACGGCCCCGAGGGAUUCGCCAAGGCUGUCCGUGCCCACAAAGGCCUGUUGCUAAUGGAUACCACCUUCAGGGAUGCCCACCAAUCGCUCCUGGCGACCAGGGUUCGUACCCACGACCUGAAGAAGAUCUCGCCGUUUGUCAGCCAUAACUUCAACAACCUUUUCAGCCUGGAGAACUGGGGAGGUGCUACCUUCGAUGUGGCCAUGCGCUUCCUGUCAGAGUGUCCGUGGAAGAGACUCCAGGAGCUGAGAGCUCUGGUACCAAACGUCCCCUUCCAGAUGCUGCUGCGUGGGGCCAACGCUGUGGGCUACACCAACUACCCCGACAACGCUGUCUUUAAGUUCUGCGAGGUGGCCAAAGAGAACGGCAUGGACAUCUUCCGCGUGUUUGAUUCCCUGAACUACCUGCCCAACAUGCUGCUGGGGAUGGAGGCCGCGGGAGCAGCAGGUGGCGUAGUGGAGGCUGCCAUAUCCUACACAGGCGACGUCUCUGACCCGAUGAGGCAGAAGUACUCUCUGGACUACUACAUGAACCUCGCGGACGAGCUUGUAAAGGCCGGAACCCACAUCCUCUGUAUAAAGGAUAUGGCCGGCCUGCUGAAGCCCCAGGCCAGCAAGCUUCUGAUCGGCUCUCUGAGAGACCGUUUCCCAGAUGUGCCCAUCCACGUGCACACACACGACACAGCUGGAGCCGGUGUGGCCGCCAUGCUGGCUUGUGCUGAGGCUGGAGCGGACGUAGUGGACGUGGCGGUGGACUCUAUGGCAGGAAUGACCUCUCAACCCAGCAUGGGAGCCAUGGUGGCCUGCACCAAGGGGACCGAGCUUGACACAGGCAUCGUCCUGGAGAAGGUUUUCGACUACAGUGAAUAUUGGGAAGUAGCCAGAGGCCUGUACGCUCCAUUCGACUGCACGGCCACCAUGAAAUCUGGCAACGCUGAUGUCUAUGAGAACGAGAUACCCGGAGGACAGUACACCAACCUUCACUUCCAGGCUCACAGCAUGGGACUCGGGAACAAGUUCAAGGAGGUGAAGAAGGCCUACGUGGAAGCCAACAAACUGCUAGGGGACCUCAUUAAGGUGACUCCAUCCUCAAAGAUUGUGGGGGACUUGGCUCAGUUCAUGGUUCAGAACAACCUGACCAGGGCAGAAGUAGAGGAGAGGGCCGAUGAGCUGUCCUUCCCCCUGUCUGUGGUCGAGUUCCUGCAGGGAUACAUCGGGAUCCCUCACGGAGGAUUCCCCGAGCCAUUCAGAUCUAAGGUCCUGAAGUCCCUGACUCGUAUCGAGGGUCGUCCCGGCGCCUCUCUGCCACCCAUGGACUUCAAAGCCCUGGAGGAGGGUCUGCGGUCUGCACACGGUGAUGACAUCACCCCUGAGGAUGUGAUGUCCGCCGCCAUGUACCCGAAGGUGUUCCAGGAGUUCAGGGAGUUUACUGCUAACUUCGGUCCAGUGGACUGUCUCGGCACCAGGCUGUUCCUGGAUGGACCCAAGAUCGCAGAGGAGUUUGAGGUGGAGCUGGAGAGGGGGAAGACCCUGCACAUCAAGGCCCUGGCUCUGGGUGACCUGAACAAGGCCGGCCAGAGAGAGGUCUUCUUUGAGCUGAACGGACAGCUGAGAUCUGUGCUGGUUAAAGACACUGUUGCCAUGAAGGAAAUGAAGUUCCAUCCUAAGGCUCAGAAGUCCAUUAAGGGUCAGGUGGGAGCGCCCAUGCCUGGAAAAGUCCUAGAGGUCAAAGUGGAAGUGGGAGCCAAGGUGGAGAAGGGCCAGCCGCUCUGCGUCCUCUCGGCCAUGAAGAUGGAGAUGGUGGUCAACUCUCCGCUGGCCGGUACCAUAAAGGCGGUCCAUGUAACGGCCGACUCCUCCCUGGAGGGCGACGACCUGAUACUGGAAAUCGAGGAGUAGCAGGGAGUUGAAUUGUCUGAUUCUGGAAUUAGUGAGAUGGAGGGAAAAAAUAGGAGUCCUCUUUGUUAAAGACAACUGGCACCUUCACCGCUGAUUUAUACACAAAAUGAAGCGAUGCUCCACCCAUAUCCAGACACCGAAUGGGUGUAAAUCAUCAUCAUGUAAUAAACCUCAAUAUAUUCAUUUUAUGCUAAUGCAUUGUUGACUUAAAAUGAUCUCACGUUUCAAGAAUCAGUAAUUCCCGUAGGUGUGGUGAUUUAGGUCUUAAAUCUACACAUUUCUUAAUGUCAUGUCAACUUGUAGAGAGAACAUUAUACAUCUGAAAUUGUGAUACAUUCCAUUACUUAAAUGCUAGUCUUAGAUGUGAUGCACUACAAAGUAACAAUGUGUGACAUUAACAGGGUCAUAACAUCAACUUGCAAUUUAAAUGUCACAUUUUCCAUUUCUACGCUGUGGACAUUCUCUAAUAUAUAUAUAUAUAUAUAUAUAUACACAUAUACAAAGUAGGUAUAUUAAUGACUACUAAAUGUUUUUCCUAUUACUCAGCGAGGGAUCAGACAAAGAACAAUGUAUUAAGUCAUUUUUUCAUAUCAGAAACAUUCUUAUUUUUUAGAAUACUUGCCUUGUAAGACAUUGUUCACAGCAGAGAGGUAGCAUUUGUUCUUAAAUAAACGUAUCACCAUAUUGUUCUUUGGAAAGCACACACAGCAGCUGAAGGAACUUCAUCACCAUGUUUUGUCCAGCCUGUUUAAGAAUGUGAUAAAAACCUUCUGCAAUAAAAAGCACAAGCCGCAAGAGUCCAACGUUGCAUCAAAAGUAGAUGUUAAAAAUGUUUCCCCAUAUACACUUGUCUUUAAAAUCCCAAAGCCGAGGCAUGUUGAAAACACCCGAAUAGGAUUAGGGAUGUGAUUUAUAAGUACCACCGCUUUCUCCAAAAACCAGCUGCCCACUAAAAGUAAUUGAGCUCUAUCUGCUGGAUUAUUUUAUGGGUCUUAAGUCAGUCUUCCAGUGGCAUUUGAGGCCUGGGGAUGUAGUGGAGCAGCUCCUCCCCGUCUUUUCUAAACCAAGCAGAGAUUAGGGUGAAUUGUCUCUUGACUGCAUGGGAAUUUCAACAUAAGGUGUAAAUGGGAUUACAUGAAGGCAUGUGGUGUUAUUUUCUAAGUCUCUGCUGAUUAAUUUAUGAAUUAAUUCUCCGUCAAAUGAUGUGAAAUUAGCCAGACUAAUAAGAGACUCUGGAGACUCCCAGUGCUCAGCUGGUGUGUGUGUGUGUUGCUGCCGGAGCUGAAAUGUUCACACACACACACACUGAUGUAAAAAUAUUCCCAUUAUCAAUCCCAAUCCCUGGGUGCUGCCUGGAUAGAAAGAGGCAGUUACAGCCCACAUCUCCAUAGUAACACCAGCCUCAACAUUAGUUUUAAACCUUGUCUACUACUGUCGAUCUAUGCUGAAGUGAAUGUUUACCCAGACCAGUGAAAGUAGACAAUGAACAGGGAAAGAAAAAAGACCACCUAUGACCUACUGGACGUACAGUGUCCGGGACAGCGAGCCAGCAGCUUUCUCUUCCUGAACUCUUGUGCGUCCAUGAUGCAGUAGUUAAUUAAAACUCUCCCCAGCUCAUUGCUGUGCAUCAAUGCACCGCAGAGCUUUAUCCUUCUGCAUUUGAAUUCUUUUGAAAGAGUUGAAGUUGAAAUGGUGAGAUUGAGUGUUUUCCACAAGCUGUUGCGCAAUAAUGUAGGGUUCCUUGCUCCUCUUUACAACCUCCCCUGCUGCCUCAUCCAUCUAGCCAAGCAGUUUGUAUAAAGGUCUUUCCACUCCACCUCCACCAUCUUCUGUUGCUAAACCGUAUAAAUGUUCAAAGGACGAUGACACCAACUCAUGCAAUAUUUAGCGCAGUGUUUUUUGUCCAGGCCAGCAGUAAUUAUAACCACAUUUAUAAUAAUGACACCUUAAGUUUAUACAAGAAGAAAACGUUUCAGAAAGGGGACGCUAAAGCGUUGACAAAUUCUUGAGCUCACUGUUAAGAGGUGAACAAUUGCAGAGAGCAUGAAAAUAGGAUUUCUUUUUACAUUGAACCAAAUAAACUGUUUAUUCAAUCCAUACAAAUGGCGUGACUGGCUGCAGGUUCCAAAUGCCUCCUCGUAAUUUCUUUCAAACCGUUCACUAGUUUUCUUAUUUGUAAAUCCUCCUGUUAUUUUCAUGAUCAAAAGACUUGAGUAUGUAUGUUGAAGUGCUAGAAGAGACUUAGCUGGAACGCACAAACCAAGACCGAUAACAUUGAUAAUUGUUCUAUCUGUACUUACAAAUAAAGUUGACAAAAGCGG